CAAUAAUUCAAAAUCGUAGACAUGCUGUUCGUAUCGCAUUUCUCGAUGCUCGUGUUUUUCAGCUUUAAGCUUUUUUGGCACCGAAGCCUCCGAGGUGCAAUAUACGGAGGCUAAAAUCUCGUAUCAUCCGCUAGCCACCAUUUGCCCUAUACUCUAUUGAUCACCGAUACGGUUAUCAUCUCUCCAGCUUGGAACUAGGUUUACAAUCGAAGAGGUAAGAAUCUAUAAAAGAGUGGCUGAGCCGCCAGUUCAAUCUCCAAUUCACAACAUUCCGAACAAUAGCAACGAAAGAAAAAUAAAACACCCUUCUAGGCUUCUACACUUCAAAGAAAAAACCAACAACACAAUCAAAAUGCAAUUCACAAUUGUCACCGUUCUCCUUGCUGCUCUCAUUGCUGGCGCCAGCGCUGUUCCUCAUCCGAGUACCUGCACCUUCGGCCAAUACGAGUGUGCUGAUCCUACCCUCUUCAAUGGCGUUGUAAGUAUCUGGAUGAGAAUAUUCCCCAAUACCAUGUGAGACAGUCGCUAAUCUGGUGUAUAGGUCCAAUGCGGUUAUGCAAGCGACAAAACUCUUCAGAAAUUGAAGAUUGGUGACUGCCCAACCGACACCCACUGCGGGUAUAUCGCUGAUGUCCCAUACUGCUUGGCCAACUAAGUGGUAAGACUUGAAUCUCUUUCUCCCAACUUGAUUUUGAAUGAAUACUGACUGCUUCUUUGAUUAGGCGAUGGGAAUUCCGUUAUGCUUAACGAGGUGGGUAGGAGUUUGGAUAGAUCUGGGGUUUGGGGUUUUGCAACUUAUAAAACUGACGAAAUGAUUCUUC